GCGUCUGCAUCAAGUCUGAAAGCAGACGCGCAACUUUCGCAGAAUCCACCUUAAAAUCUCUGCCUUAAACUGCACCAGCCCCCAAAAAAUCCAAGGGGGGAAAGAAGGGGGGGAGAGCAGAUUCCCCCCUCCCCCCUCUCCUCUCCCAUCCCUCCCCCUUCCUCCUCCCUUUGAGUUAACAAGGCCCUGCUCACUAUAUCUCUUUAUAUUAAAAAAUAUAUAUAUUAGAGAAGAGCGAGGGAGAAGGAGAACCACCUCCACCCCCUCUUUUUAAAUUUUUUAUUUUCUUUUUUUUUAAAUUUUUUUUUUUUUUUUUUUUUGCAAGAUCCCAAGAGCUAAGGUGGCUGCAGAGGGGAGAGCGGCGCGAGCCAAGUGGGGGGAGGGUGGAGGAAACCCGGGAGAAGGCUUUCUCCAGCCCCCAAAGUUUUGAUGAUGACCAUGACUACGAUGGCUGACGGCUUGGAAGGCCAGGACUCGUCCAAAUCCGCCUUCAUGGAGUUCGGGCAACAACAGCAGCAGCAACAGCAGCAGCAGCAGCAGCAGCAGCAGCAACAGCAGCCGCCGCCGCCGCCGCCGCCGCAGCCGCACUCGCAGCAGAGCUCCCCGGCCAUGGCAGGCGCGCAUUACCCUCUGCACUGCCUGCACUCGGCGGCGGCGGCGGCGGCGGCGGCCGGCUCGCACCACCACCACCACCAGCACCACCACCACGGCUCGCCCUACGCGUCGGGCGGCGGCAACUCCUACAACCACCGCUCGCUCGCCGCCUACCCCUACAUGAGCCACUCGCAGCACAGCCCUUACCUCCAAUCCUACCACAACAGCAGCGCGGCCGCCCAGACGCGAGGGGACGACACAGAUCAACAAAAAACCACAGUGAUUGAAAACGGGGAAAUCAGGUUCAAUGGAAAAGGGAAAAAGAUUCGGAAGCCUCGGACCAUUUAUUCCAGCCUGCAGCUCCAGGCUUUAAACCAUCGCUUUCAGCAAACUCAGUACCUGGCCCUUCCCGAGAGAGCUGAACUGGCAGCUUCCUUAGGACUGACACAAACACAGGUGAAGAUAUGGUUUCAGAACAAACGCUCUAAGUUUAAGAAAUUACUGAAGCAGGGCAGUAACCCGCAUGAGAGUGACCCUCUCCCGGGCUCAGCGGCCCUGUCGCCGCGCUCACCGGCGCUGCCUCCAGUGUGGGACGUUUCUGCCUCAGCCAAGGGGGUCAGUAUGCCCCCCAACAGCUACAUGCCCGGCUAUUCGCAUUGGUACUCCUCUCCACACCAGGACACGAUGCAGAGACCACAGAUGAUGUGAGUUGUCUGAGGGAAAUUGAUACCCUAGGGAAACGUCUGAACAAGGCAAGGAGGAUCCAGGACCUGCUUGCAUCUGCCAAACCCAGCCAAAGGGACAGGCUCGGGAGAACUCUUCUGUGUAGCAAGACAGUCUGGGUGCUUGCUCACACUCUUGCUCUCUCUCACUCUCUCUCUGUUUCUCUUCUCUUCUCUCCUCCUCUCCUUUUCUUUUUUUCCUUUCCUUUCCUCAUCUGCUUUUUCCCUUGAGCAGCCUCAGUAACUGAUCUUGCAUUUUAGGGAGAGACAGAGACAGAGACAGAGACAGACUGGUUUCUGUGCCAGCGCUCCUGAAACCCCUCACUGCAAGACAUUUUCCCUUACCCUUUGGGAUCCAGGCUCUGAGCCUCCUCUUCUCUUUGGGAGUAUCCAUCAAAACGACUUUUUUUAAAACAGACAUUUCCCCCACCAGAAGAAUCUGUGCAAACAUGGCAGCGUUUUUACUUGUUUAAUGAGCUUAAGACAUUACAUGAUGAAAAAGAAGCAUUUCAGGCUCCUGCAUUUUUAUUUACCAAUCCCAGACUGACAAAAAAAAAAAAAAAAAGAAAGAAAAGAAAGAAAAAGAAAAAGAAAGGAGAAAGCAAGAAAAAGAAAAAAUCCUCACAUAACAGCCCUCCUCUAAAGAAAAAGGAAAAAUCGGCUGUAAGAUUGGAACAUUGCCACAAAGGGAACGCUGCAUGUGUUAUCAAAAUGCAAUGAGCAAGAAUGAUGAUGCUUUUUUAAAAAAACAAAAACAAAAACAAAAAACAACAAAACAAAACCACUCUUUCUCCACCCCACCCCACCCCCAAACCCUGAACUGGAAUCAGGAAAGACAGAGGAAACAACCAAAAUCACCAUUCUAUUGCUUUGAUACCUUUACUAGGUGAAUUGGUGGCAUUCACUAAGCUAAUAGGGACGUUUAUAUUGAGAAACAUUUCUGUAUAUAUUGUUGAAUUUUAGUUGUACAUAUACUUUGUAUGGUUUUGUCUUCUUUCAUAUAUGGAGUAAAAGCCACAAAACGCUGGGA